UUCCCGACUUCCUGUCACUGAAGCUCCGGGACACUCAGCGGAAUGGCUGCGUUCCUGCGAGCUCGUAAAUAUGUUCGUUGUGUUGUCCGCUUCUCCGACCGUGAACUGUAAACGCCAGUGCUGACCGCUUGUGACGAUACAAACCCCCCAAAAAGGACGCAUACUAGCCUCGCUGUCAUGGCUGAAGAAAAUGCAGAUAUCGAAGGUACGAUUGAGGAUGAAGAUGAAGGUUCUGAUGACCCAAACCUUCAGCUGGAGCUCAAUACGUUCAGAGCGCAGUGGAUGUCUGAACUCAAACGGAGCUCUGGAGCAAGUGGCCGACUGCUGCGAGCUAAAGGUCUGAAGAGGCCCCAAGAUAUUGCCCGAGAGGAGAAAGCCACCGAGCUGUUCUUGAGAGCUGUUCAGGAAGAGCAGAAUGGAGCUGUCUAUGAGGCAAUCAAGUUCUAUCGCAUGGCUAUGCAGCUUGUGCCUGACAUUGAGUUUAAAAUCAACUACAGCCGUCCUCCUGAUGCAGACCGAGUGGGAGGAAACUACAUGGACAAUAAUGGUGAUGGUGAAAUUGAGGAUCUCCUUGCCUACUUUGAGCAGGAGCUCACUCUGGAAAGCUCAUUUCCAAAGAUCUGCACUCCUGAGUUGGAUUUGACUCAGAUGCACAUUUCCGCCUUGCCGCGUGAAAUCCUGAUGUACAUCUUCCGUUGGGUUGUGUCGAGUGAUCUGGACAUCGGAGCCCUGGAGCAGCUCUCUUUGGUUUGCCGUGGGUUUUACAUCUGUGCAAGGGACCCUGAGAUUUGGCAUUUAGCCUGUUUAAGAGUGUGGGGACGGAACUGCACCAAACUUGUUCCCUUCAAUUCCUGGAGGGAGAUGUUCCUGCAAAGGCCUCGUGUCCGUUGCGAUGGAGUUUAUAUCAGCAAGACAUCUUACAUUCGUCAAGGAGAGGAAUCGCUGGAUGGAUUUUACAGAGCGUGGCAUCACGUUGAGUACUACAGGUACCUCCGGUUCUUCCCCGAUGGCCACGUCGUCAUGCUGACCACCCCUGAAGACCCUCUGUUAGUUGUUCCUCGCUUGCGUACUAAGAACAUCAGAAUGGAUUCUGUUCUGCUCGGUCAUUUCCGUCUGUCACAGGAGACAGACAAUCAAACCAAAGUGUUUGCUGUUGUCUGUAAGAAAAAGGAGAAAGCGACCGAGUUUCAAAGGAAUCGGUUCUGCAGGCGGAACCCACCUCCAGAGGCUGAACACAGCUUUCACGUGGGACUGCAUCUGUGCUCUGGGGGGCGUCAGAGUUUCAAUAAGCUGGUGUGGAUCCACCACUCCUGCCACAUCACUUACAAGCUGACUGGGGAAACCGUUAUCACGGAGUUUGACCUGGACAGCAAUUACACACCCUUCUUCUUUGCGCGUGUGAAGAGUUACACAGCUUUCUCCGAACAGCCUCUUUAAGCUGCUUGAUAACCUGCACAUCAUCCCACAAAGACCACAGCAGAAGUUCAUCCGCCAUUCAAAGAAAACGCGUCCUCCUCAGCUUGUUUCAUUUGUGUUGCAGCUGGAUUACAGUCUUGAACCCUCAUGUUUCCUACUUGCAGACACUUUUCAUUUCAGGUUUGCAUGAUAGGAUACUACUUGUUUUAUGAUUUCAGAAAUUAAGGUAUUCUGUUGAGAGCUAAAAUAAUUAGCAACUUUUCCCACCUGCUCCAAGCAAUGAAUGUUCUUACGGUGUUUUGUUUCAUGGCCCACUUUCUCCCUCAAAUAAACAGUGGUGAAAAGAAUGUUCUCUUAUAGUUUGACUUGUUUUAACUGAAUGACUGACUAAAACAUCAUCCUCAGGGUAGUGAUGUGUAUCUAACAAUUCUUAAGCAUGUAAUGCACAAUCGUGGCUAUAGGAAAUAUAUUCCAUCCCUAGAAUUAUUGAGGUCCUAUCACACAACCUCAGGGAAAAGACAGUGCGGAUGUGAUUUGGAGACUGCUACAGGGCAUUAUUUGUCUUGCUAAAUAAUGCGCCCAUUACAUUUUCUGGGAAAACCGGAUUUGCAGAAGGGGAAAUGCAUGUGAAAGUUGUGUUGGAUUAGGCUAAAAGAUUUCUGCUUUGUUAGUUGGGUUUAAAAAAACUGUUCUAAAGGUAUGACUAUUCUAUCCCACAUUUCUAAUUAAAAUGGCAAAGAUAUCUAUUUCUGCUCUGGUAUGAGUUGGUAGAAAAGGAGACACAUUUUGAAAAAACUUACAAUUAAAUUAAUUUGAGAUUAAGUUUGAGUUGAUUGGCACAUGAUAACUACCGGUACUCUAAAUUGAAAGCCUUUAGGCUCUAGUUGUAUAACAAAUACACAUUAUGAUAUUCAUAUUGCUUUGAGGUGUAGGGCAGCUAUCAGGGUAUUGGUGCAAAUUGAAACUAAAUCCAAAUAAAAAGAUUAAGUAGGUAUCCCCCCAAAACCAUCUUCACAGUGGUUAUAGUCUGUUCUUUUCCCCCUUUCGGGUGCAUCAAUAUAUUGAUCACUUUUGAUCACUUUUUGCUGUGUACUUCAUGAACAUUCUAAAAAAAUGUGGUUGUGUUUUGUUGUCCCUUGGGUAUCUACAAAAAUAAAGCCUUUUAGAGGAUU